AUGGAGAUGAAAUACCCAAUUCGAUGCGUUUGGUGUUUCCCAGCUAAUCUCAAAGAACCAAUCACCUUGAGACUGUCAAAUUCAGUUGCUUCUUUGAAUUCUAUCAGACGAUUGGAGUUAAAAUCUGUUGCUACUGUACGGUCACUGUACAGUGUGUUUGAGAUUCAGAGCAAAGAAGUGAAUCCAAGUCUUUUGGAAGUCAAGGCUAUGGAGAAAGAUACUGAAGCUGAUAAUCUCAGUAAAGAAGAGGAGAGGAGAAGGAAGAUUGGAUUAGCAAAUAGAGGAAAAGUACCAUGGAACAAAGGAAAGACACACAGUGAAGACACUCGAAGACGAAUCAAGCAGAGAACAAUCGAAGCUUUGAGAAAUCCCAAGGUUCGGAAGAAAAUGUCUGAGCAUCAACAACCACACAGUGAUGAAACCAAGGAGAAGAUAAGAGCUGCAGUGAAACAAGUUUGGGCAGAAAGGUCAAAAUCAAAGCGAUUAAAGGAGAAGUUCAUGUCAUUAUGGUCAGAAAACAUUGCAGACGCUGCAAGGAAAGGAGGAAGUGGCGAGCUAGAACUCGACUGGGACAGCUACGAAAAUGCUAAACAAGAGAUAUUUUCUCAGUUGGCUGAAGAAAGAGCAAGAACAAAGGAACAAAGAGCAGAAGAAGCUGCACAAGCCAAGACAGAGAAGAUGAGGAGAGUUGCAGAAAGAAAGAAAGAAGGCAAAGUGCGAGAGCAAAGAGAAGGAAAGAUUCGGAAACCAAAGCUGAAGAAGGAGAAUGCAACCACUGCUUCACGUUCUAUACUGAAGAAGCGACUCACAAAGAUUCACAAGAAGAAAACAAGUCUUGGUAAGAUCGCUAUUGGAAAGGACAGGGUAGUUUCGGUUGCUUCUAAACUGGAGAAGCUGGACUUGGAAUUGAUAAGGAAAGAGAGAAGAAGAGGAGAUGUCUCACUUGCGGAUCAGAUCCAAGCCGCCAAAAACCUACGAGGAAAUGAUGUUUUAACAAGAUUUGGUCUUUUUGCCAUGGGAUCAAUGGAUUUUGAUUAA